UGCAGUAAAACAUGUGGCGAAGGCGUUAUGACAAGUUAUAGGCAAUAUACUAAUCCAAUGAUUAAAACAAAAUGUCAGAAUAUGCAUUAUUCUCCAUUGUCUCAACAAAAGAAAUGCUUUGGUAGAGAUUGUGACGAAAGACAACAAACAAAUAAUAAGUUGAAUUAUAAUAGUUAUGACUAUUCUGAAGAAAAUUCUCAAUUGAAUGCUACUCAAACAAAGGACGAAUGGUAUGACGAAGAAGAUUAUGGCAGAGAUUACGCUCCUUAUGAAUACAGUAAACUUCGUUCAAAACCCAACAAUGAAGUCAGCGAAGAAAAAGAAAAAUGGAAAAAUGAGAAAGGCUUUGAAGUAGCUAAUCUUUAUAAAGGUAGUCCGAAAUCAUUUCUAAAACCCCUUCAACUAAACAGAAAUUUUAAUCGAUGUUUUAAACCAUUGAUUAAUUCUCCGUGUGCGUCGUCUCACUCAGUAAAAAAUUUUUGGUUCUUCAAUUUUUGUGAGAAUACGUGCAUGUUGUACACCACAGAUGAAUGUGAUUUCAAUGAAAAUAAAUUCACAUCAUUAGAGUUAUGUGAACGCAAUUGUUGGGAACCAAUUAAUAGUGUAUAUAAAUCGGUACUAAGAUUGAAACAGUCGCGAAAUUGUUUAAUGGUGCCAAAUCAUCACAACAAAGCAUAUAAAAAUUACUGAUGUUUGUAUAUUUAUGCUUACAUAUAGUAAUAUAUAUAUAUAUAUA